AUGAACAAGCUGCGGCAGAGCCUGCGUCGGAAGAAACCGGCCUACGUGCCGGAGGCGGCGCGGCCGCACCAGUGGCAAGCGGACGAGGAGGCCGUGCGGCGUGGCAAGUGCAGCUUCCCCGUGCGGUACCUGGGGCAUGCGGAGGUGGACGAGUCGCGGGGAAUGCACGUCUGCGAGGAGGCCGUGAAGAAGCUGAAGGCGAGUGGUCGCAAAGCCAUCAAGUCGGUGCUGUGGGUGUCGGCGGACGGGCUCCGCGUGGUGGAUGACAAGACCAAGGACCUUCUUGUUGACCAGACCAUCGAGAAGGUCUCAUUCUGCGCCCCCGACCGCAACUUUGACAAGGCCUUUUCCUAUAUUUGCCGGGACGGCACCACGCGGCGCUGGAUCUGCCACUGCUUCCUGGCCCUUAAGGACUCU